UCUAUCAAAGUAUCGCGGUAAUUUGCACUACAAAGCUAGUGUUUCUUACUUCUGUUGGGAAUAUAGUGUGCAAAUAUUAGUUAUUUUUUGUUGUUUUUCUUCGUAUGUGUUCUCCUUCCUGCUUUUUGCGUUGUAUUUAAUAUGCCAGUUUAUGGAAAUUGUGUGAAUAAGCAUCGAGGAGCGGGGUAGUCUGAUGCAUGUUUCAGCUUUGCUGGUGGUUAAGUUGAGUUAACUUGUGCCCUGCCCACUCUCUCAGUAUGGUGGGCCAGUGUGGGAUGCUGAAAGAGCAUGAACAGGUGUUGAAGAAGAAUCGGAUUAUUCUGGCAAAGCAGUUGGUGCCAACAGAGCUGCUGCAGCACCUUUUGGCGGAAGAUAUCAUUACGGAAGAGAUGCUGGAGAUAAUACAGUGUAAAUCAGGGAAUUUUAACCAGAAUGUGGAGCUGUUGAACCUGCUUCCUAAACGAGGUCCUUAUGCUUUUGAUGUCUUCUGUACUGCCCUAAGAGAAACCAAGCAGGAACACUUGGAGAGGAUGCUUAGGCUGAGGAUACCAGUCCAGGAAACGAACAUGCCAAAGACUAUUCCUGACUUUGAGCCAAGCUUGCCUGUUGCAACUAAAAUUAGUGAUUCAUUUAGUCCUCCUAAGAAGCCACGUCGAACAGAGCCAAUGGAAUGUUCUUUAGAUGAUGGGGAUGGAUCACCUAAUCUCUCUAUUCAGCCGUGCACCAUCGACUUCUAUAAUAAACAUGGUCAUAUGGCAUAUCAGAUGCAGUCAUCCCCUCGUGGUCUUGCCAUUGUGAUCAGCAAUGUGAAAUUUGAAGGGAAUCGAGACUUAGAAGAUCGCUCUGGAGGGAAUGUUGACUAUGAGGCAUUAAAUACGCUGUUUGUUAAUUUUGGUUACACGGUUAAAAUUCUGCACAAUUUAAAAGCUUUGGAUAUGCAGAAUCAGCUAGAAGAGUUUUCCAGACUACCAGACCAUCGUCUCCUAGACUCCUGCAUAGUGUCCUUGCUUUCCCAUGGAGUAGAUGGGGCCAUCUAUGGAGUGGAUGGUAAACUUCUGCAACUGCAAGAUGUUUUCUCCAUCUUUGACAAUGCCAAAUGUCCAAACUUGCAGAACAAACCUAAAAUGUUCUUCAUUCAGGCAUGUAGAGGAGAAGAAACAGACCGAGGUGUUGAUCAGCUGGAUGGCAAGGAGCGUUCCGAAUCACCAGGGUGUGAGCAGAGUGAUGCAGGCAAGGAAGAACAGCUGAAAGUUCGACUACCCACACGCUCAGACAUGAUCUGUGGCUAUGCCUGUCUGAAAGGGACUGCAGCUAUGAGGAACACCAAACGAGGCUCGUGGUUUGUGGAGGCAGUGACUUCAGUAUUCACGGAGCAUGCUAAGGAUACCCACGUGGCUGAUAUGUUGGUCAAGGUGAAUGCUGUCAUUAAAGAACGUGAAGGUUAUGCACCAGGAACAGAGUUUCACCGUUGUAAGGAAAUGUCAGAGUAUUGUAGCACGUUGUGCAAGGACCUGUACCUGUUCCCUGGUAUUUACCCACACAAGUAAUGGAUGUUGCCCAGAGCAAAACCGUGGCAGUAUUGCCUGCUCACCAGCAUUUCUGUUUCAUUUCUACUGAAACUGUUCAUGUAUCUUAAUUCACUAAUCUUUGGUGACUCUGUUUGGAAUUGUGAGGCAUAGGAGGAAGCAUUUUAUAUUGUCUUGAGUUUUUUUAAAUUCUUAGAAUAUUUUUAGUAACUGUUAAACUCCCAGAAGGACUAUUGUAAAGUAUUGAUUGUGGCAGACAGCAAAGACCAUGACUUUUUGUUGUAAGUAUUUAUAAACAGAACCUCUUUGCUGUGCAAGGUAUCAGUUAUUUUUUUACAUAUAUAUCUUUCUAAACAGUUGUACCUACACCUCAUGUUACAGAAAUAGUAGGCAUGAUUGUAAUAGUAAGUAUUCUUUACAGAACAAAAAGUGGCCACAUCACUUCGCUUGUGAUAUGUGGGGCAACUUUCUGUGGAACAGACCAAAUUGCAGAUGUAAAAUAAUUAUUUUUUACUAUUGUAUUCUGAUUAUUUUAACGGUCUCUCAGAAUUACUCUGUACUGUACAUCUUUUCUGUUGAGAGAGAGGCCUAGACCAACAUUCCCAGCACAUGUCUUUCAGUGAUUUGCGCAUUUAGCUGUCCUGCCAUCCAGCAGCAUAUGGGGCAUACAGUGUAGUAAUAGUGUUCUAAAAUGAUAAAGUAUAUUGUUGUAACCAGUUCAUUCCCAUGCAGUAUACGUUGUUCUUUUAGAGCAUUGUUGAAUUCUUUGAGUGAAUCAGCUGCACAGAUAUGCUACUGUGUUUCAGUAGCCCUAGUUUCCAAGUGGUUGAAGACUAGGAUAAUACGCAAGUGUGUUAUUGCUAGCCAAGCAGUAGUGUCUCUUGCACAGUUUUUUCCACAAACAUCUCUUCAGCCACAGUGCUGCAUUUAGGUGGCAGGUUUGCAGCUUCUUGUCCACUCCAGUGGUUAAAACUGAACUGCAAUAUUUUUUCGAUAGUAACAGUUCAGGACACCAUCUUUUGUGAUAUUGUAUGUGAGAAUGGUGCUUUACAUGACUUAGUUACUCAGCACAUUUAUAUUGUAAUUUUAGCAUCUCUACUGAUUUUUGUGUAUUUAAAUCUGCUACUUUAUAACCAACUUUAGUGCAGGUUAGUGUUCUUGUAUUGUAUUUUAUAGACUGAUUUAUAUUUUGUAGGUGUUGGCACUUAGCUAUAUAAAACUGCUAUAGGGAUGUAUUUUGAUAGUGAUAAUGUGUAUAUCGCAAGUCUUGCUUCAAGAUGUCUUUGGAUAUUUUUUGACAGUUUAGUGCUUCUUUUUUUUUAAAUGCUAUGGCAGGUGGAGGGGUACCUUUGAUAUUGUACUGUAAAGUAUUUUAAAGCAUAUAACAAUUUGUACAGGAAAGUUAAUUAAUUUGUAGCAGUAUUUUCUGAUGUACCAAAGGCAUUGUGAGGAUUUGGUAUUGGCUCAUAAAACAAACGUUUAAGAAACAAAAGUUUUGCAGUGAUGUGGGAGUACGACUCUGAUUUGGAAAUAUUAAUUUGAGAAACUGCCACAAAAGGUUGGAAAUGCCUUUGUACCACUUCAGUAAUCAGUCAGUAGUAGGGUGGUAGAAGUUGGAGCAUGUUCGCAUUAGAAGUUAGAGAAGAUAACUUAAGGGAUUGGUAAAAGGCCCUACAACAGGAGGGUGAGUAUGUGCUAGGAAAAGGGAAGGAAAGUUGUCCUUAUGAUUUGAGCACAGGCAGUGAUAGGAAGGAGGUAUAUUUCUGAGUGAAUUACCUGGGAUGAGGGAGUGCUGACAUAUGGCAAGUGGCUCUGUUUCACUAUGUAUGAUAAGUAGGGUGGAAGUAGGUACAAGUUUGCUGGGUAAAUAAACAAGUAGUUAACUAAUGCCUUAGCAGCUAGAGGUAGAUCAUCGUAGUUGUCAGAAACACAAAGAACGAGCACAGAAUAAUUUUUUUUUCUCUUUCUGUAUCUGCUGACCUUGAUGCUGGCUGUGGUCACCUCACCCAUUCACCUGUACUGGGUAACAGCCAGUUGUGGUGCAGCCAUCAGGGAAUUUUGCGACAUUCCCACUUGUACUGUUUAAGUGCUCAGGAUAGGGAUGUGCACUAAGUUCAGCUUGGUACAGUAACCUGCUUUUGCAAGUGGCAUUGCCCCUCAGGCGGCUCAUCAUCGCCAGUUAAGACAACACCCACUAGUUUCAUGGUCUCCACCAGAGAAUCAGGAGAUGCACAACACACCCCCAUGCCAUUUCCAAACACAUAUUAUCUCUGUUCCACUGUGCCACAGAUCAAGAAGCAUGGAAUACUUUUAAAUCUGUGCACUGUAGGUUUCAAACACACACACUGCUUCUUUGGAGAAAAAUUAGUGAUACAAACCAUGUAAGUGGGAAAACCGUGCACCACUUCAUGGUACACACAAGUUGUCUCAGUAUAUCCAUUCAUUAUAUUUUGUGGCUAUGCAUUUAA